CUUCACAGAUCUGCGCACGCCUGGCAUUGCUCAAACAAUGCGAGGCGUGUGACUGGUUCCCAAUAAGAAUUACUGGCACCCUGUAGUGUGAUUCACAAAAAAAGAGAGAGCCUGUGCUUAAAAUGUACCCCAAUGUCAUAAUCCCGAGACAACGAGGGCGUCAUUCUUUUUUUUUUUUUUUUUGCUGAAGCAAUAAUCAAUGAAUCGAAAAAGCGAUGCAGAUACACUAUACAAAAAAACAACAACAAUGAGCUAUUUGUUUGUUCCAGUGCAAAAUGCUCUUUCGGUAACUCCUUCCAGCUGGUCCCCGGUUCAGUCAGGCGUUGUGGCUUCUGUCACGUCUGUCCCUCAUCCAUCAGCCCUUUGCCGAAGAGGAACAUGGUGUGUAAAUCCUUUUCUCUGCCACAUCAGCUGCGCUUCGUCGCCACAAAAGUGCGCCCAAAUGUGUCUGUCUGCUCCCGCACGCACCAUCCCCUGAAGACGCCAACUUCUCCAAAAGUAAACAGUUUACACCGCCGUCGACUUUUCAUCUCUGUUGCCAAUCUAGAUUUGUUUUUUUUUUUUGUCUUUUUUUUUUUUUUCUGGAAGUGAUGAAGGCUGGUGGAGUUUUUUGCUUAGUCUGUUGCAACCUCCGAUCAUGUGUUUAGAUAUCGGGUCUCCAAGCGUCUUUCUCCGGCUAGUCCAAAUCAUUUCUACCCGGCUUGUCGGGACAGCAGUCGAGUCGUGAAGUCUCUGCAGUCACGUGAUCGAGACAGGAUGAAGAGAGUGUGUGUGUGUGUGUGUGUGUGUCUGCGCGCGCGCGCGCGCGCGUGUGUGUGUGUGUGUGUGUGGUUUUCUUUUUUGGUUUCGGAGUGUGUAUGUGAGCGUCUCUCCGUGUGUACUUAGAGGGGUGUCCCUCCUCCGCAUUUUUUUGCUGCUUGCCACGCUUUAGACGCCGGAGCGCAGGGAGAUAGGCGAGAGUGAGAGAGGUAACACCGGUCUCUCUCUCCGGGCUACCUGUCUUUUCAGUCUUACCUCGGGUCCCCGUUGGUUCUUCCUCGUCUUUUUGAGCCCACCUUCCUGCGGUCGGCUUGUUUUUGUUGGUUUAAAAAAAAAAAAAGAAAGAGAGAGAGUGAGAGAGAGAGAGAGGCAGAGAGGGGGAGAGAGGGAGAGGGAGAGAGAGAGGGAGAGAGGGAGAGAGAGAGAGAGAGGGAGAGAAACUGUGAUAAUUUCUGCAGGGUUUCAUGCGGGUCUGGUCUGCCAGGAGGAGGACCGCGGUUCUGUUUUGCACUGGGUUUUGAUCAUCUUUUAUUUUCUCCUUCUUCUUUUUUUGCUUCUUUUGGGUGCUCCAUUUGGACAGUAUAGGACAGCCGAGCAGAGCUUGGAUGAGCCACCUCGCUGAAAUCCCGAGAUGGAGUUGCUGCUGAUCUGCCUUUCCCUGUGGAUAUUGCAAUGCAAUUCGGCCAGAGCGGACUCCAUCAUACAUAUCGGUGCCAUAUUCGAGGAAAACGCAGUGAGAGAUGACGAGAUUUUUCAACUUGCCAUUUCAGACCUGAGUCUGAACGACGACAUUCUGCAGAGCGAGAAAAUCACCCACUCUGUGAAACUUAUCGAGCCUAACAACCCCUUCCAGGCUGUGCAGGAAGCAUGUGAGUUGAUGAAUCAGGGCAUCCUUGCUCUGGUCACGUCCACAGGCUGCGCAGCUGCAAGUGCCCUGCAGUCUCUGACAGAUGCAAUGCACAUUCCCCAUCUUUUCAUCCAGAGAAACGGGGAUGGUGCACCCCGCACUGCCUGCCAGCUCAACCCCAGCCCAGACGGAGAGAGCUACACCUUGGCUGCCCGUCCACCUGUUCGAAUCAAUGACGUUCUGCUCACCCUCAUCUCAGAACUGCACUGGCAGAAGUUCAUCAUCUUUUACGAGAGCGACUAUGACAUCCGGGGUUUGCAAACCUUUAUGGACCAGUCGUCUCGGCUGGGUCUGGAUGUUUCCUUGCAGAGGGUGGACCGCAAUGUCAGCCGAGUCUUUUCUGACCUCUUCAACACGAUGCGCACUGAGGAGCUCAACCGGUACCGGGACACUCUGCGGCGGGCUGUGCUGCUCAUGAGCCCUCGAGGUGCACAGGUGUUCAUCCACCAGGCUGUGGAAACCAACCUGGCAUCCAAGGACAGUCACUGGGUCUAUGCCAACGAGGAGGUGAGUGAUGCAGACAUCAUGGAGCUGGUUCACAGUUCUCUGGGGCGGAUGACCAUCAUACGUCAAAUCUUCCCAUUGUGGAGAGACACCAACGUUCGCUGUAUGAGGAACAAUCAUCGCAUCUCCUCCCUGCUCUGUGACCCGCAGGAAGGCUAUCUGCAGUCCCUGGAGGUGUCCAACCUCUACCUGUAUGAUAGUGUUCUGAUGCUGGCCAACGCCUUCUACAGGAAACUGGAGGACAGGAAGUGGCACAGUAUGGCCAGCCUUAACUGCAUGAGGAAGUCCACCAAGCCAUGGAAUGGAGGGUGGUCUAUGCUAGACACCAUUCAAAAGGGACGGAUCAGUGGCCUCACAGGAUUGAUGGACUUCCGUGCUGAAGGCUCUAAUUCCCAUGUGCAAUUUGAGAUUCUUGGAACCAGCUACAGUGAGACAUUUGGAAAAGAUGUCAAACGGCUGGCAUCUUGGGACUCCACUCGUGGUCUGAACGGUAGCCUAAAGGAGAAUCGGAUAGAGAGCGGUAUGCAGGGAGUGACGCUCAAGAUUGUAACAUUACUGGAAGAGCCUUUUGUGAUGGUGGCAGAGAAUAUUUUGGGCCAACCCAAGAGAUACAAAGGUUUCUCGAUUGAUGUCCUGGACGCCCUGGCCAAGAUCCUGGGUUUCAAAUAUGACAUCUACCAAGUUGGAGAUGGGAAGUACGGCUCAGCACUCCCUAAUGGAUCCUGGAAUGGCAUGAUUGGAGAACUCAUUGGCAAGCGAGCUGACUUGGCCAUAUCAGCCAUUACAAUCACUCCGGAGCGUGAGAGUGUGGUGGAUUUCAGCAAGCGCUACCUGGACUAUUCAGUGGGAAUCCUGAUGCGCAAGUCAGAGGAAAAGAUCAACAUUUUCUCUUUGCUGGCACCAUUUGACCUGGCAGUGUGGGCAUGUAUUGCCGCAGCCAUCCCUGUGGUGGGCAUCAUGAUCUUCCUGCUCAGGCGCAUCCAGGCAGUGCGCUGCCAAAACAAUGCAGGAGGCCAUCCACCACCUUCCGUCUCCACUUCGCUUCAGAGCGCCAUCUGGAUUGUGUAUGGUGCUUUUGUGCAACAAGGCAGUGACUCCAUCCUGGGAUCGGUGGCUCUGCGUAUCGUCAUGGGCAGCUGGUGGCUCUUCACCCUCAUUGUGUGUUCGUCCUACACAGCAAACCUAGCUGCCUACCUCACCGUGUCACGUAUGGACAAUGCUGUUCGGUCGUUCCAGGACCUGUCCAAGCAGGUGGACCUGGUUUAUGGGACAGUCAGGGACUCGGCCGUGUACGAUUAUUUCCAGGCCAAAGGCACCAACCCUCUGGAGCAGGACAACACAUUCGCUGAACUCUGGAAGACCAUCAACAAGAACAAAGGCUUUGAGAACUCUGUCUCCAGCCCGUCAGAGGGAAUCAAGAAGACAAAGCGAGAGUCAUAUGCCUUUCUGUGGGACAUGGCGGUGGUAGAGUACGCUGCUCUGACAGAUGACGACUGCACACUGACUGUAGCAGGAAACAGCAUGAGCACCAGAGGCUACGGCAUGGCCCUGCAGCACGGAAGUCCUUAUAGAGACCUCUUCUCUCAGAAGAUAUUGGAACUUCAGGAAAAAGGUGACCUGGACAUCCUAAAGCAGAAAUGGUGGCCAAUGAAAGGCCGCUGUGACCUGCAGAGCCACGCAGACGCCCAGCCAGAGGGACGGGCGCUGCGUCUCCACAGCUUUGCCGGCGUCUUCUGCAUCCUGGCUGCCGGGCUGCUGCUGGCCCUCCUGGUGGCCGCCCUGGAGACCUGGUGGAACAGCAACCCCUGCCGGAGAGAGCAGCCCAAAGAGGACAAAGAGGUGAACCUGGAACAGGUUCACCAGCGUUUGAACAGCCUCCUGGACGACGACUUGGCCCACAAGCAGCUGCCAGGCCAGUCUAUCGAGAUCUCUGCCCUGGACAUUGGCAGCAUGCAGCCCAGCCAGUCCCUAGAGGCCUUGUCUGCUCGGGACUACCCAGUCCAUCGGGGGCCGCCACGGCUCUCUGUGACCACCUUCCUCCAGGAGGGUCAUGGGGCAGGAAGGACACUGGGCGCGGCCACUGGCAGGACCUUGCCCCUGCCCCUCAGCAGUGCCACCAUGCCCUCUAUCCGCUGCAAACACAGGGCGCCCAAUGGGGGUCUCUUCCGGCAGAGCCCAGUCAAGACACCCAUGCCAAUGUCCUACCAACCAGUGCCAGGAGGACCCAUCCCAAAACCCAGUGAGCCCAGCCAUGGGACAUCCAUCUGAGCACGCUGAACAUUCACAGACACUCGAGCUCAAACAGAAUAGCGGAGAGCUAAACUGAGUGCUAACAGUGUGAAGAGAUAUAAAUAAAACACUAAAAAAGGAUUUUUAUUACCAGUGAUGAAGAGUCAGUGGGAUGACACAUGACAAGACACUGAGACUUUAAUGUACAUAUUUGUAAGUACAAAGAGAGAGAGAGAGAAGCAACAUUAAAAAGUGUAUUUUGAAUAUUCUCAACAGUUGAGUUUAAAAAACAUAAAAGUGUUAAAAAAAAAAUGACUGUUUUGAAUGGCUUUGUAAAUUUUGUUCUAAAUGAAUAAAGGUGACAAUUCUUUGUGGUUGUUUUCUAAGUGCCAAGUUCAAAGAUGUUUUCUUUCAGAUCAACAUUAAAUGAAUGUACUGUGAGAAUUCAUGAUAAAAAUACAUUUCACACUUCAAAGACACUGGAAGAAUUGAUUUGUUUCAUAUGAGAAAAAAUAAAAAGUAUAAUACAAAAACACUGA